AUGGAGCAGCUCAUCCAGAUGAGGAAAGGCUGUCCUCAGCUGCUGCCUCUCCUCACCCUCUCCAUUUUGGCAACCCUCAGCUCCGCCCUGCCCCUCCCCCCUACCGCCAUCCCUCUGUCUGACGGUCAGCCCUUCGUUGUGGUGUGGAAUAUGCCCACUCCCACAUGUCGCAGGUAUGACAUCCCCUUAGACACCUCUCCUUUCCUGGCCGUGACCACACCGGCCAAGGUGCCUGGGCAGUUUCUCGAACUGUUCUACUCUGACCGGCUGGGACUGUAUCCCUAUGUGAACCCAACCACCAAGCAGCAGUUCUACGGAGGCAUACCGCAGAGGGGAAACCUGAGUGCCAGUCUGGCCAAAGCCCAAACAGACAUCGCCUAUUACAUCCCGUCGGAAUCAACCCCCGGUUUGGCCGUCAUCGACUGGGAAGACUGGCGCCCCCUAUGGGACAGGAACUGGGGCUCCAAGAGGAUCUACUGCUCCCUGUCUGUGGCCUAUGCCCGCCAAUGCUUCCCGCUUCUACCCACAGCUCAGAUCAUUGCCAAAGCCAAGAUGCAGUUCCAGGCCGCCGCCAGGGACUACAUGGUGGAGACUCUGGAUCUGGGGGUCAGCCAGAGGCCGCAAUAUCUGUGGGGCAUCUACCUGUUUCCAAACUGCUAUAACUACGGGUGGGCAGACCCUGGCUACACAGGGAAGUGCCCAGAGGAGGUGAAGAGUCAGAAUGAUGAGCUGCUGUGGCUCUGGGAGGCCAGCACCGCCCUCUACCCCUCCGUCUACUUGCCCUCCUCUCUGGGCGGGAGUCACAACGCGGCCCUCUUUGUCCGCAACCGCGUCCAGGAGGCCAUGAGGGUUGCAGCCCUGCCCAAGAGGCCCUUCACUGUGCCCAUCUACGUCUACACCCGCCCCGUCUUUACCGACCAAAACAGGCGCUUCCUCAGCGAGGGGGACCUGGUCAGCACCAUCGGGGAGUCUGCUGCUGUGGGGGCCUCCGGUUCAGUCCUGUGGGGGGCCAGCGCUGACUUCGAUGACAAGGCCUCCUGUGAAGCUCUGUCUGGUUACCUCACCUCCACCCUCAACCCCUACAUCGCCAACGUGACAGCAGCAGCCAAGCUGUGCAGCGACACACUCUGCCAGGGCAACGGCCGCUGCGUCCGGCAGGACUACAACACCGACGCCUACCUGCACCUGAACCCCAGCAGCUUUAAAAUCCAGAGCUCCGAUGGGAGAUACGUGGCGGUCGGGAGGCCCACCCUCGCAGACCUAAGGGUUUUCGCCGAAAAGUUCACCUGCCAGUGCUUUGCCGGGCUGGACUGCUCACCCAAACUGACCCCCCAGCUUCGCAGAACUCUAAUGGUCAUCCGCGUGUAA